CAACUCCACACUUGGAACAACGACCACUCCCACAGACACGAUCGCGACAUACAUCAGCCGACCGCGUCAAACCCCGAUAUCCAUCCUGCCGCACAGUCGGAGCACCUCCGCAACGCAACGCACGAACACUCCCACUUUCAUGACGCCCCACGGGUAGUCCCACGGCACCGAAGCGAUCGCUUUGCACUGAUUCAGCAUGGCUGCUGCUGAGGACGAAGGCACUAUCAAUGUCGCAUCGAAGAAGGGCAGCAAGGACAAGGCGAAUGGAGUCAUAAGGCUAAAGAAGGCUGUGCCGAAGCACACGAAGCCGGGCAACUGGCGAGACGGCAGCGUGGCAGAUGAUGACAAGAAGACAAAGAACUCGGACAACUCGAGCUCCUCCCCGACACCCGUAGUCAACCCCCUGGACGAGAGCGCGCGGGAGACCUUUGCGACAGGGCGGCCGCUGGAGGACGUCCUCAAUCUGCAGCAAUGCAAGCACUGCAAGAAGGGCGUGCUGCGGACGGCGGCCAAGGAGCACAUUGCCGCGUGCCUGCGCAUUAAGAAGGAGAAGGCACAGCGGAAAAAGGAGGCCCGGGAGGCGCGCGAGCGCGCCAAGGAGGAAGCCCGCGCGGAGGAGGCGCGCAAGAACGACGGCGACGGCGACACCAAGAUGAAUGACGACAGCGACGACGACGACGACGAAGACUCGCCUGACAAGAAGAACAAGGCGUCAAAGAAGGUUGGGGGCAAAAAGCCUGACGGCGACGCCAAGGGCAAGAAACGCAAGGCUGACGGGGACGCUGACAAGGGACCGAAGAAUAAGAAAAAGAAAGAGGAGCCCAAGCCCAAAGUCCCCAAACCAAAAGGACCCGUCGACGUCGAGAAGCAAUGCGGUGUGUUGCUGCCUAACGGACAGCCAUGUGCGCGGUCACUCACGUGCAAGAGCCAUAGUAUGGGUGCCAAACGUGCCGUGGCUGGCCGAUCUUUACCUUACGACAUGCUACUUGCCGCAUAUCAAAAGAAGAAUCAGGCAAAACAGCAGAAGGCUGCACUCGAUGCCAAUGCACCGGUCGAAGACGAAGACGAGACAGCUGCCGGACCCGUCGACUCCGAUGAAGAGACCGCGGCUGUCAUGAGCGCACUCGCAAAAUGGAACCCUCAACCGGUGAUGCCGCCACCAAUAUUCCAACCAAUCAAGCGGACAUAUCAGCUCGCACGGUUGCACGAGCAACUUCAGCAAGCGACCAACGGUGGACGCACAAAUAUAUUCAAGGUCAACGGACUCGGCGCACAGAGACUACCCGAGAGUCACAACGAUUACUCGAUGGACCUUGACGACGCGCCAGGCGAAGACCAAGAUAUUGUCAUGAUGGGUGCACCUGAUACCCGGCGAUCAUCCAGCUUUAGCAUACAAGCAGCAUCGCGGCGACCUUCGGUUGCUAGCCGCGCAUAAGAUGGCGCACACUCGAGAGUCGAAGAAAACGAGCCGUCGCUUUCAUUGGAUGACCUGGCUCCUGAUCAACUAUGGGGAAGCCAGGAAUGACAGCGCCGGGCCUUGUUGCGGCACUAUGUACUCGACAGAGUUGCGCUCGCCGCAUGCGGGGCACGC